CUCGGACAGUAUUAGUCUCGAGAUAGAAUAAGAUAGUUAACUGCUAAGCAGACAUUUAAUAUGGAUCGAUUAUCGAUCGUUAUACUUUUCGUUCUGUUUGUAAGGGCACAUAAUUUUGAUAGAAAUGAUGAUGAAGCACCUGUUGAAGAUGAAGAUUACUCAGUUCCUUCACCGUGUGAUUAUUGUGACAGUGAUAAUAAUAAUGAUAAUACAAGGAAGCAAAGAAGUAAUUCCGAUAAUAAACUAAACAGUAAGAUUUUAGAGGUGAUGUUGAAUACACCAAUGUACCAUAUAGAUAGAUACACACCUAAUAUAUUCGAUGCUUUUGUGGACCAGUAUGAUCUGCCUAAAGGUUUCAAAGGACCCCUCAAGGUAUACGAUUUCAUUGUGGUAGGAGCUGGAUCAGCCGGCAGUGUAUUGGCAUCGAGACUAAGUGAGGGCAAAAAAGCUUCGGUACUACUUCUAGAAGCCGGAUUUGGAGAAUCAUUGCUGACAACAAUCCCUACUCUGGCGCCGUUGUUCCAGCAAUCCGAUUACGUGUGGCCGUACCUGAUGGAGCACCAGCCCGGUGUAUGUUUGGGAAUGGACAAUGAACGGUGUUUCUGGCCUCGAGGAAAAGCUGUGGGUGGCACGAGCGUAGUUAACUACAUGAUCUACACUAGAGGAAUGCCAGUUGACUGGGACCGCAUUGCAGCUAAAGGAAAUUAUGGAUGGUCAUAUGACGAAGUACUUCCGUAUUACAUGAAAUCCGAACAAGCCAACCUUCGAGGAUUACAAAAAUCGCCAUGGCACGGAAGAAACGGUGAACUACACGUUCAGGACGUCCCUUUCAGAUCAAAGCUAUCGAAAGCAUUCUUAGAUGCCGGGGAAAUUCUUGGCAAUCGUCGAGUUGAUUACAACAGUCCAGAUGGAUUCGGAUUCAGUUAUAUACAGGCAACUAUAAAUAAGGGCAAGAGAGAUAGCAGCGCGACUGCCUUUCUACACGAUAAUAAGAAAAGAAGAAAUCUUCAUAUUCUUCCAAACAGUAGAGUAACCAAAAUUCUUAUAGAUCCUAUCUCUAAAGUUGCUUAUGGGGUUGAAUUUGUAAGAGAGGGCCGUAAAUACACAAUUCACGCGACAAAAGAGGUUAUUUUAUCAGCUGGACCGAUUGAGUCACCACACCUGUUGAUGCUUUCUGGUGUUGGUCCUAGAGUACAUUUGGAAUCUCAUGGAAUAAACGUAAUACAAGACCUGCAGGUGGGCCAGACAUUAUAUGAUCAUAUUUCUUUUCCUGGUCUCACUUUUUUAUUGAAUGCUUCGCAACUAACUUUAGUUGAAAGAAAAAUAGCGACCUUACAGAAUGGCGCACAGUACACACAAUAUGGAGAUGGCCCAUUGUCAUCUUUAGCUGGUGUUGAAACUAUUGGUUACAUAAAAACUAACGUCUCUGAUGAAAUCGGAAAUGUCCCCGAUAUAGAAUUGAUUGGUACAUGUGCUGCAAUGGCUUCUGAUGAAGGCAAAUUCGUAGCCAAAGGCAUGCAUCUCUCAACCUCAAUAUAUAACGAUGUUUACAAGCCAAUUGAAACGAUAGAAGCCUUUACAAUACUUUUUAUGUUGUUACACCCGAAAUCAAAAGGAUUUUUGGAACUACGAUCAACAAAUCCAUUUGAUCCUCCGAAACUUUAUGGCAACUACUUAACUCAUCCAAAAGACGUUGCAACUAGCGUGGCAGCAAUAAGAUACAUUCAAAAAUUAGUUGCGACAAAACCAUACCAAAAAUAUGGAUCAACACUCUAUAAGAAAAAAUAUCCAACAUGUCUGCAGUACGAACAUGACAGUGAUGAAUACUGGGAAUGCGCUUUCCGGACUAUUACAUCAACACUUCAUCAUCAGAUUGGUACUUGUAAAAUGGGCCCAGCAACAGAUGCUGAUGCCGUAGUAGAUCCAGAAUUGCGAGUUUAUGGUAUUCAUAAUUUAAGAGUAGUAGACAGCAGUGUGAUACCUAAUACAAUUGCUGCACACACAAAUGCACCAGCCAUAAUGAUUGGAGAAAAGGGAGCUGAUCUUGUGAAACGAUCUUGGGGUCUAUUAUAAGAUGCCUGUUUUUUUUAUAAUUAUGCGUGAUUAUUUCGCUUUACAGGCAUCAAUGGCGAGUUUUAUAGCAGCUAUAUGAAGCUGUUUGGGCUGAUUUUGUAAAAAUAAAUUACAUCAACAUUCUGUGGGCAGCUUAUCACACUUAUUGAGGUCCAUUUAUAAGAUAUUAAUAAUAGUAUUUAAUCUCCUUGACGAUCUCCAAUAUGAAGCACCAUAAAAUUAAAUCUUAUCAAUUAUCUAACUUACAAAAUCUAUAUACCUAAUAUCUUUUAGAAUUUUGAUCUCAGGAUCUCACUGCACACAGAAUUGAAUGCAUUUGGAUAAAGUUUUUCAAGCCUCUUGAAUACAUGACAGACAAUUGUACAUGACACUUCAGUAAAGAAAAAUUGAAUAAGUUGGGUCUAGAAUAGCUGCAGGUAGGAAGAUAUAAAUUUAGAUACACAUACUAAUAAAAAAUCUUUCUUACAUAUUAAUAGAUAAGAUAUAAAAAUAUUAUAAAGUAUUGUGUUAGUUAAUGAGUGUUGCAAGAGAAAAUCCUAUAUAAUUAUGUACAUUUACAAAAGAAUCUCAAGAUAUACUGAGUAACUAAGAGACUGAUGGAAACAAAUUAAGUAAUGGAGUAUUGAGUACAGUUUGGUAAUAUUAAGGAGUCUGCCUAUAAUAUCUAAUACCAUGACUAUAAUAUAACAUGAACACAUCAGAUAGGCGUGUGCCAUACCAAACAUACCACACAUAAAACCUAUAAUAAUAUUGCCAAAUGUUUUUUUGUAUCCCACAUGUCAUAGUAGUGAUAGAUCACAUGUUUUAACAAACAGCAAUGUAGAAUGGUGACACAUCUGUCUAGUGGACAUGGUUAGUUUAAUUCGGCUGUUAACACUCUUCUCUUGAUUAGACCAUUCUGUGUUCAUCAUCUUACUCCAACCAGCCCAGAUUGUCCUAGAAGGCUGGCAAACCCUUUUUGAAUUGCUACAGAUAUCUGGAGGCAACUCUGGAAAUUGGAGGAUUUGUGCCCAUUGUUUGGCCAGACUCCUAAACUCUAAGAAAAUGUUCUGGUGUUUCCUUUGCCUCCAGCUUUCUAGUAGAUACCUGCUUAUUUAAGGGACACUCUUGCCGGAGACAACACAUACAAUUUUGCGUAUUUUGUACCUAUGUAGUCUGACAAGGUAGGGCUUACUUAAUUUGGCAUAGUAUCAUACUUUUGAAUACAAAGAAUAUUUUUGCUUGGUACAAUCGUAGCAUGAUUAUGGUGUGUAAUAGGGGCCUCUUUUAGUUAGCAAAUGGAAACAAGUGAUUACACGGUCUAAUGAACCAUUAUGAUUUCCCAGUCGGAGGUUCCUUCACUCUAUUACUUGAUGUUAUAUAGGAGAGGUAAUCUCCUUACCUGAGGUUGCACAUUUUAUUGCCAAUACAGGUACUACUAGUAGUGUGCGAGUACUAUUAGUGUUUCUAUUAAAGGGCAUUGAAGCUAGUGUUAUUACCUCAGUACUGUAGUACUUAAUAUCUUAAAUCUCAAAUGAAGAAGUGUAAUGCUUUCAUGAUUCCUGAGUGGCACUGCAUUGCAGUGGACAGAGAAUAUCAUUUACCACUGCUUCUAAGAUCUUGCUGGUCUUAUCGUUUCCUUUUUUUAUAAAAAAAAUCUAUAUUACAGCAUUGUAUAGUAGAGUAAUAAUAUAAUAAUAAUAUUGCCACACUUUUACACAAAUUAUCUUGCUCCAAACUAGGCAUAGCCUGUACUGUGGGUACAAGACAAUGAUAUAUUUAAUACAAUAUACUUACUCAAACAUACAAAAAUACAUAUAAACAUCCAUGACUCAGAAACAAACAUCGAUAUACAUCAUAUAAAUGAUUGUAUUCGAUCCCGGGACCUAUAGCUUAGUAGUCAAGGUCGCUAACCAUUUGGCUAUAGCAGUCGUCAGAAAAAUCUAUUGAUUGAAAAGAGAGGCUGUUGAGUUUCUUGUAUGUUCUUCUCACAAGCUCUACUUUUUCCGAACAUGGUAGAUUCAGUAAUUUAAAAGAAAUAUUUAUAGUGACAAUUCAAAAGCUAACUAAGCGUUCAAUCCUAAUUGAAUAGAAUUUAUUUAACUUUUACUUUGACAUCAUUUGUCAUUAUUAUUUAAUUCUACAUGAACAGAUUAAGCUUGAAAAUCAAUGCAAAUGCCUCAUAUCAAUUACAAAUACCCUGUUCCAAGUGUCAACAAUAAUUAUUAUUGAUGCAACUGUACUAUUUUUAAAUUUUAUGUGUACAAUCAAUAACUUAUUAUAGAUAGAAACACUGAAAUAGCUGUGCCUGCUUAGUCGUCAGCGUUAAUCUAAACAUAGAAUCAAAGAGUAUAUCUAUACUAAUAUUAUAAAGCCGUGUUUGUUUGUUUGUUUGAAUGCGCUAAUCUCUGGUACUACUGGUCCGAUUUGAAUGAUUCUUUCAGUGUUGGGUAGUCCAUUUAUCGAGGAAGGCUAUAGGCUAUGUUUUUUUUUUUUCAAAAUUAGGGAUCCGUAAUAAAAUUGCUAUUUUGUAACACAAGGUGUAAAAUCGAAAACCUAUUUUUGCGUGCGCUGCAAAAACUAUUGACAAUAGAACAAAAUGAUGUACAGGCUAUAAUAUAGGCAAUAUUUUAUUACUUAUAAAACUAUCGCGUGAAUUAUACUUUAUAUGGCAAAACAAUGUUUGCCGGGUCAGCUAGUUUAAUUUAUAAAAUUAAACAUAGUAAAUUUAGUUCAUACUGUUUUUAAAUACAUACUUUGAAUUAUAGAA